AUGACUGCCGUAAAGAAACGUGUGUCGAAAAAGAAUAAAAGAUCGUGGAGAAAAAAUGUUGACAUAACAGAUGUUGAAAACUUUUUAGAAGAUCAAAGGUUGGAAGAAAGAUUGGGAGUCAAAUUCUCUGACACUAAAAAUGAAGAGCUCUUCGAAAUUGACGUAAAGGGUCAAGAUGAUAGCAAUGAAUUGUCGGAUAUUAAAACAAAUAAAUGUCCUCGAGUACUUUUAAGUAAACCUAACAAUAGUUCGUCCUAUAGAUUAAGGGAAACAGAAUUGCCUAAAUGUUAUGAAAUAUUAGAAAAAAGGUCGGCAGCAAAAAUUAAAAAACCUGCUGAGGCAACUAAGAAACAAAGGGUUGAAGAAGAAGAAGAAAAAGAACCUGUUAAAAAGUUUUCUUAUGAUAUUUGGUCUGACGAUGGUAAAAAUAAUAAAAUAAAAAAAGAGAAUGAAUGGAUUCAAAUUGAAACAUUGAGGCAUAAUCUUCAAAAUAUUGGAGAACAUAAAAAAGUAAUACCCAAAACAAUUCAAUCCAAAACAUCAAAAUUGCCAGCUAUAGAUAUUCCUCAUCCUGGUUUAUCUUAUAAUCCAUCAUUAAAAGAUCACAAGGAAAUUUUAUCAAAAGCAGCUGAGAAAGAAUAUGCACUCAUCAAGGAAAAAAAGCAUUUGAAUCGAGUUACAAAGGAAAUGUUUUCUAGCAUUCCAAGGGAAGAAAUGGAAAAAAAUUGGAUAGAAGAAAUGUGUGUCGGUUUAACUGUUUCGAAAAGUGAUUCCGACGAUGAUGAUGGUCAAGAAUACAAGGCAUUGAAUCCUCCUGUCAGAAACAAAAAGAAAACUUUACAGAAAAAAAGGAAAAAGAGAGAAGCAUUAUUAUUAAAAGAAAAAUUAAAAAAUCAAAAAAUUGAAAAAAAGAAAAUAUCCGAUUUACACAAGUUGACAAAAUUUAAUGAAUCAAUAUUGAAAAAGGAACAAAAAAUUAAGGAAAAAAUGGAAAAGAAAAAAGAAAAACAAAAGAAAAAACCAUUCACCACUAGAGUUUUGAGUCAAAUAAAAUAUCAAGAUGCCGAUAUAGAUUUUCAACUCCCUGAAGAACUUUCCGGAAACCUUAGAAAUAUUAACAGCAUUGGCAGCAUUUUACACGAUCGAUUCAAGAGCCUUCAGAAAAGAAACAUAUUGGCUCCGACAAUAAAAAGACAUUAUAAAAAAGCUAAAGUCAAAAAGUAUGAAAGAAAUCACACUAAAAUGGAUUGGGAGAAAAACGAUUCAAUGUCAUCAUUUAAAAAAUUAUUAAAAAAGUAA